UGGGAAGCCGCGGGUCUCUAUAUGGCGACGGCUCUGUCGGGUCUGGCUGUCCGGCUGUCGCGCUCGGCCGCCGCCCGCUCCUAUGGGGUCUUCUGCAAGGGGCUGACCCGCACGCUGCUUAUCUUCUUUGACUUGGCUUGGCGGCUGCGCAUCAACUUUCCCUACCUCUACAUCGUGGCUUCCAUGAUGCUCAACGUGCGCCUGCAGGUUCAUAUUGAGAUCCACUGAAGGCCACCCCUGACUGAUAGGCAUCACCCGGCUCGCUGCAUCAGAGGGCGCAAAACAUGAGGGGCGGAAGAGGGGCCUUGGGUGUUUGCCUGACCAAUGUAAGGCAGUCACAAGGAGGUGACCUGGAC